AUGGCAUGGCCCCGUUGGCCAGCACUGCCAGGCAUGGAGAGAACCACGGUGCUGAUCACAGGCUGCUCCUCAGGCAUCGGCCUGGGGCUGGCUGCACGCCUGGCAGCUGAUGCCGCUCGCCGCUUCAAAGUUUAUGCCACCAUGCGUGACCUGGCCAAGGGUGGGCAGCUCCUGGAGCGCCUGGGGGGCUGCUGCCCUGACACGCUGGAGCUCCUGCAGCUGGAUGUCACUGACCCGUGCUCGCUGGCAGCUGCUGCACAGCGGCUGCAGGGACAGCGGCUGGAUGUGUUGGUCUGCAAUGCAGGGGUGGGACUGAUGGGACCGCUGGAGACCUGCUCUGAGCAGGCCAUGAAAACUCUCUUCGAUGUGAACCUCUUUGGGGCUGUCCGCACCAUCCAGGCAUUCCUGCCUGCCAUGAAGAGCCGCAGGGCCGGGCGCAUCAUUGUCUCCAGCAGCAUCGGGGGGCUGCAAGGGCUGCCCUUCAAUGCUGUGUACUGUGCCAGCAAGUUUGCGGUGGAGGGGCUGUGCGAGAGCCUGGCCAUCGUCCUGCGCCCCUUCAACAUCCACCUGACGCUGGUGGAGUGCGGGCCCGUCCACACCAGCUUCCUGGCCAACCUGCAGCGCCCCGACCCCGAGGGCAGCGAGAUGCGGGGCCUGGACGCCGAGACACAAGGGCUGUACCGCCGCUACCUGUGGCACUGUCAGAGCAUCUUCCGCGACGCGGCCCAGGACGUGGAGGAGGUCCUGCCGGUGUUCCUGGAGGCCAUCGGCAGCCCCUGCCCGCCCCUCCGCUGCGCCAGCACCCAGCUCCUCGCCCCGCUGUGGCGCCUGCGGCUGAGCAGCCCCGACGGCUCCGCGUACGUGCGCGCCAUGCACGACUUCGUGUUCGGCGGCAGCGAGGCCGGCGGGGACCAGCCCUGAGCGGAGCCAGCGCAACACCGGCACCGCUGCCGUGCGAACCCGCAGCGCCGACCCGCGCCCGGUCCCGUGUUCGGUGCCGCCGUGUCCCCAAUAAAGCCCUUUGCAGCGCACGGCUCCGGCUCCG